GAAGGAACAGCGAUUUCAACUCCAUCAUCUCUCCUCCCUCUAACACUCUCAAUCUCAGCUCAGCUCAGCUCUGUUCAGUUCAGUUCAGCUCAUAUCAGUCGAGUCUCGCUUCUCGGAGCUCAGCUCAGUUCGGCUUAGAUCUCCCCAGGCGUUCAGGAUGAAAGUCCUCAGUGCCUGUCUUUUGACGCUUCUGGUGCUGGGCAUCGUCCAGCAGUCCGAUGCGCAGGCGUGCAGCACCACGAUCUACAAGUCUCUCACCGGGCAGCUCUCGUCGCUGAAGAUGGUCGUUGAUGCGGCAGGGCUUGCCGAUACCUUCGAUGACUCGGCGCUGAACGUUACCGUGUUCGCGCCCAACAACGCCGCCAUCCAAGGGCUCGUCAAUGUGCUCAAUGCCAGCGGCCUCACGCUCGCCAAUGUGACCGGCAACAACAACAAGGCCGCCAGCAUCGUGCUCUACCACGUCGCCACUCUGGUCGCCACCUCGACGCAGCUCGUGAACGACCAGAGCUUGCCCACUUUGUACGGGGGCUACAAUUUGACAGUCGACAGGAACGCCACGAAUGUCGAAAUUGACGGCGGCGCCGACACCCAGGCGACCGUUGUCACUCCCGACGUCCGAGUCUGCGGCUCCGUCGUCCACAUUGUCAAUGCCGUCUUGCUCCCCCAGGAACUGAACGACAUCACCAACUACGUGCCCCCUGCUCCUCCCGCUCCUGGAACUCCCCCGACUCCCCCCGGCACCGUGUCUCCCCCUCCCCCUCCUCCUCCCGGCGGCGCGGCGACCAGAGUCGGCAGCAGCGUGGUGAUGGGAGGCUUUGCCGCCAUUGCCGUCGUCCUGGCGCUGGUGUAGGGCAGUCGAGACCUCGCGUGGCUUUUUUCUUCUGUGUGAUUCGAUCCGGCGAUGAGAGUCAGUGCUUUUACGGGUUUUUCAGUAAGCGCUCGCAGUUUUGAAGGCUCUAUUCUGUAUAGAAACUUCAGUCGACUCACCAUCCAGACUGGAUGGCUUGUGUUCAUUCUUUGUAAACAAAUUUGCAUGUGAACUUGUGUAUUCAUUUGUUCAAAAGUAAAGCUGGAAAGUUGUUCAUUUAUCUGAGAUGUCGGUUGUAACAUCUGCGGUUGUCAGCGAGGUUUAUGUUCUGAAAUUCUGAAACUGUGAUCAUGUACAUGCGAAUGUUUGGAAGUAAUGCUGGAAGUUUUUUCGUGAAUCAUGUUCU